CUCCACCCGUGGGAGUUUCCAAAGCCUGCUCAUCGUGCGUGAGAACUGCUGAUGUCAAGGAAGCAUGUACACAGUGCGACCAGUUUGUCUGCCAGAACUGCAGCAGGCUCUGCAGCAGCUGUAACACAGUUACAUGUUCUUUGUGCUCCACUAUUGAUUAUGGUGAUGUGGGAGAGCAAGUUCUCUGCAAUGGUUGUUCGAUAUUUCAAGUCUGAAACUUGAUGAAAUAGCCUUUUUGGCUAAGAUGUCUGUAAAUUUCAUGAAGUCUCCUCCUUACGGCCGAUCAAUUGAUCCUUUUAGCAUGUGAAUUAGUUAUGGUAUUUCUACAUUUUAUAUCUUUAUAUUGUACUUUUUAAUAUUGUAGCUAAAUAAACUUUUAUAUUUUGAG